GUAAUUUUCUAGUCUAUUUUUACUGUUUAUUAUUGUGUUAAGUGUUGUACUAACCAGUUCUGAUAUUCUGCCGUUCAUGAUAGGAAUACGCUUUUUUCCUUACUGUUUUUGUAAUUUGUACGUACCUAGUUCCUUAUCAUGAGCAGUUAGAAAAAAAAUUCUGUCAUAGCAAUUACACAUGCAUGUUGAUGUAUGAAUGACAAAGGAUCCCUGACUGUUGUGAUUGAAUGAUUGUGGUUGAAACUGGAACCCACAACCUCCGGAAUCAACCGAGUGCGUGAAUAACUUUAGCUUAACUGUAAAUUGUGUGAUAGUGUCCAUAAGGGAAUCCGUGACUCUAUCUCAGAGUCUGCUUGCUGUUUAGGAGUUUUUCUGCAGUUCCUGUUUAUAGGGCGACCUAACAGGCCAGAAAACGGAAAACUAGGUUUUCUGAAGGAAAUUCUUUAGUGUUUGGUGUGUGAAUCACUUUCCUGUCUGUUUGAAUCUGCAUAUGUCAAAAGAGAGCCCUAGAAGCAUCUAGGUGUCAAACAUCUGCAGCUUCAAAUCUAUUUUCUCCCCUUACACUCAGUUUGUAAGUCCCACACUGUAAAAACACUACAGACACUCUCCCACUUUCUUUGUUAGGGAGAUUUCUUAUACCUUCAACAGAAGAAGAUAGUAAUUCUUCCAAAUACAACCUAGCGUUUGAAGCAAUCUUAUUUUCUUCGCCUUGUUAAAUUUGGUUCUUCUUAUUUACUAUUGGAGGCGAUAUGUUUAAUAUGCUUAAACCUAAACCUCCCCCAGAACUUCUGGCUAAGGUGUGUGCCCAAAACCCCUUAUGUCGUAAGGCUCUUGUAACAUGUCACAAAGCAUGGGUUAAGUGGGGUACAAGUAAGGAUGCCAUGUUUUCCUGGCCAGAAAACUGCAGCAUUCUCCCUACAGAUCUAGCUAGCCUGUUAAAACAGAUCAAUGUUAAAUGUAAGGGCAAAGAAUUAAUAGCACAUACCGCAUGCCAUGAUGUCUGGCAAGCAUAUGCUCAGCAAUACCCAGAAAAACCACCUGCAUAUGCCCCAGCUGAACAAGCCAACAUAGACACUGCUCCGAGUUCAGCCAAAUUAUAUCCCGUCCUUAACAUGGACGCACAGGAGCAAUUACAGACUGCCCUAAACACGCCUAUUGGCAAUCCUAGGGUAGCACAGGGCUAUACUGCCCCGGCACUUCCCCCACCAACAAACUUGCAGACAGUGCCACAUGCCAGUAAUGAGGACUCAUACUGGGCAGACGUCUCAGGGCAUCUUAAGCUUAGCAAAACCAACCCCUUUCGUCCUAUUGAGGAUGCUGCACACCUAACCCCCGUUAACACAGCACCUCCUCGUCAGGGUUUUCAGACUCCUACGGGAAAUCGCCCUGAAGUCAGGGCACCUACACCUCUCGCUAGCAUGUCUUUUGAAGAGGAAGAGGUUGAAAUGCCCAUAUUAGAAGAUGCGGAAGCCCCGACAACUAGAGUCUUGGCAACUAUUGUUACAAGACCAAAAAACACCACUCCAAAACAAAAUUCAUUCUCCCCAAAGGAUGUAGUAAUCCGAGGAGAAGGGGGGGAUAGCACUUUUGUAGAUCCAUGGGUUGACAAUCUGGCCGGCUGGUCAGAAUCUUUAAAACCUAACGUUACCCCAUUUCCUAGAGAGGGAGCUCUGGACACCCGUAACUUGAAUACAGCACGCCUCUGUAUCUGAGGAGGCAUGGGAGAUCCAAAUUGGGAUAGACAAUACAUGAUUAAUGGUCUUAGCAUUUGGGAGAAAUAUGAAAAUCUGAGCGCACUUGCUAACAUUGUCUCACCCUCACCCAAACAGAUGUAUCCUCUUAUGCAUACUACCAAAGGACUUAAAUAUGUCCCUUGGAACUUUGCCGAUGUGGAAGGGAUAAUCAGGGCUCUGCCGCCUCUGUUAAGGGGGGCAGACCCCUGGAUAUCUAAAUUUGAAAGACUAACUGCCGGCAUGUCUCUAUGCUUAGGCGAUCUAAAAGCAUUACUAGCUCAAAUUCUUGGACGCUCAGCGCAGUCCAUAUGGAACGAGGCAGGACUGCCUCAUAUUGUUCUGUCCUCAGAUUCUCAUGACGAGCUGAAUUUAACCCUUACAGACCUAGAAUUUUUGCAGCUCUCAGAGUUUGUUAUCCCACUCACAAGGAUUUCGGGAAACUAAUGAAUACUUCUCUCCCUGAAAGUGCAGACAUAACUAAACACAUUUCAGAAUUCUUAGAUCAAUGGGCACAAGAAACAGGAAUGGAUCCUUACGAACCAAAUGUAGUGCCACUUGUUUAUCAGGCCCUCCGUAAAGGUUUCCCAGCCGCCUUACGAAAAAAUUAGAUGCUAUAGUCGGCUUAGAUGCCAAAUCAUGGAAGGAGAUUUAUACUCAUAUCCUUCACUACCAUAAAAUCUAUGAGGAAGACAGUAAAAAAGCAGAGAAGGAUUUCAAAAACACCCAGCAUAAACUCAUGUCCUUGCAAAUUAAGGAACUCCAAGAAGGAGAAAUCAAGCCCGAAAGCAAGCCCGCAGAACAAACACCAGAACCAACACCCACCACUGAGUCAGGGAAUUUUUAAAAGAUUUCCCUACCUUUUUUGCAAAUGUUCAGUCCGGUGGUCAAUUUAACAACCCUAAUAGAGGGAAAUCUGGAGAUUUCAAUGCUAAUAACACACCCAAGGGUGUCUGUUUCAACUGUCACAAGCCAGGACAUUAUGCCCGUGUAUGCCGUAGUCCAAAACGAUUUGGCAAUCAGUAUAACUCUCCUAACUUUCAAUCUCGCAACAAUUCCAAUGUUCAAUCUUUUCCUAAUUGGUCUCCACCCAGGAACCAAUCUCAAUGACUGUCUAUGCUUUUACGGGUUCCCAUGUCCACUGAAGAACCUUUUCUCACUGUUUCUAUAGCAGAAAUGCCUACAUGUUUUUUGCUUGACUCAGGCGCUACAGUAUCUGUUCUCUCUGUACUUCCUGCUGGUUUAACCCUUUCUUCCCAAACAGUCUCCACUACAGGAUUUGAUGGUAAGCCUCAGCUAAACCAAUUCACCUCUGAAGUUCCAGUGACAAUUGGGAAUAUCACCUGUUUACAUGCUUUUGUCUAUGCACCUGCAUGUCCUGUCAAUUUGCUAGGCAGAGACCUGUUAACCAAAGCUAACAUCAUUCUUGAUUUUGCUGUCUCACGUCCAACUGUAUUGUUUGCAACUACUGUCCCUUCUCCUGCAGAUUCAGUUGAUCCAUUUGAAGAUAUACCUAAAGCAGUCUGGGCCACACCCGAGUCACCUUUUGGUAAGGCCGUUUCAGUUGAAGAGGUGCAAAUCAAUUUACGUCCAGGAUGUGAUGGCCCCAAGGUACCACAGUACCCACUUAAAGCCCAGUCCAUUCAGGGUGUGGCAGAUGAAAUUAACCUACUUUUGCAACACGGCAUAAUUGAACCAAGCGACUCUCCUUAUAACACUCCUUUGUACCCAGUACAGAAGCCAAAUGGCUCCUACCGUAUAGUCCAUGACUUACGGAAGUUAAAUGAAGUAGUCGCAGCAGAGUUCCCCGUUGUUGCCAACCCUGCCACCCUCUUACAAGACAACCCCUUAAAGGAAUAUAAUUCAGUUUUGGAUUUAUCCCAAGCAUUUUAUUGCAUUCCUUUAUCUCAACAAUCCAGACCACUUUUUGCAUUCACCUACAACAAUAACCGUUACCAGUGGACCCGCCUCGUAAUGGGCGGAGCCGACAGUCCCUCGAUCUUCAGCCGUGUACUCGCGACUGAUCUGCAAACUUUCACUGACCUUUUACCUACUUCUGUUUUUCUAAUACAGUAUGUUGACGACCUUCUGCUUUCUGCAGACACUGCUGAACUGUGCCAACACUACACUCGUGCCUUACUUUUGCAUUUGCAUACAUGUGGUUAUAAGGUCAAUCGUUCAAAGCUGCAAUUUUGUCAAACCUCAGUUACUUUUCUAGGCAUGACACUCAGCAAGGGAGCCAAACUCAUGGGUCCCCAGGUGCUCACUGAUGUCCAACGUAUGCAUUUACCUACCUCAGUCAAAGAAUUACGCAGUGUUUUGGGUCUGUUUAACUUCUGUCGCUUAUGGAUUCCUGCUUAUAGUUCUCGCAUACUUCCUUUCAGAAAAUACCUCAAAGGCAAUCCUCCUGGCUAUGCUUCUGUCUCUCUGUCUCAAUCUGACUCUACAGCUCUUGAAUGUCUAAUGUCUGAUAUUUUGCAGGCCCCACAACUCCAUUUGCCGAACAGCUGUGAGCCUAUCUACAUGUACGUUUUUGCAAACGCAAUCUGUUGGGCGGCAGUAGCCACCCAACAAGAGGGAUGUAUUAUAGGACACUUUUCAGGAAUUUUUACACCCAUAGAACAAGCUUUCACUUCCUGUGAACGUAACAUAUGCGCUUGUGCAGCAUCUGUAGAAAAACUCUAUACACAUGUGAUUGUUCCCAGUGUUACCAUAUACACCUCACAUGAUGUGCCAGCACUACUCAAAAGUAAUACAUUACACUUUGUGCCUGCACGCGUAGGACAAUGCACGGCUGUGCUCCUACGAAGUCACAUUUCUUUCAAAGGAAUGCCUCCAACUAAUCCUUUCAAUAAUCUUAAAGAUUUAUUGUUGUUCUCAGCUGAGAACCAUGAUUGUACCUCUGAGGAAAUUCCAGAGGAACGUCCCUUUAUGGGUAUUGUCCCAGUAACAGAUUUACCACCGUCACAUGUUGUAAUUUUCUCUGACGGUUCACAGACAGAAACACAUACGGGCUUUGCCGUGUGUCAGAUAGAUCCUGACACCAAAGAAAUUAUACAGAAAAGACAAUAUGCAUUACCACCAGAUACAUCAGCCCAAUUAGCAGAGAUAGCCGCCGCCUUAGAAGGUUUCCGGCUCAUGAAUGACAAAAACGGAGUUCUGUAUACAGACUCAGCUUACGUCACUACCACCAUACAUACAAACGCAUCUAAAUGGCGCAAGAGAGGUUUUGUUACAGGAAAAGGAACUCCACUACAACAUCAUGACAUGAUUCUUGCUAUAAUGGAAGUACUACAGGAAAGACACAACAAAGGUUUAAAAACAUCCUGUGAAUGGGUAAAAGCACACCAACAUAAUGUCACAGAUAUUGUCGCAUACGGCAAUCAGAUAGUUGACGAACUAGCAAAACAAACCACAAACCCACUAACCAUUUUUGUACAAACACGAGCUAAGAAAUAUCUUUCCACUUCUAACCCUUUUGCACCCAUCAGAGUAAUGCAAGAAAGCUCCACUAGUGCAGAAACAGACAAAUGGGUGGCUAAUGAAUGCUCUCAUUACUAUCACAAUAACGAGCCUCCAUAUAUUUGGAUGCACCCUUCAGGUGUACCAGCAUUACCCAUAGGUGAGUGCCACCUAUUGGCCCACCAGUUACACUACGGGUCACAUAUGCCAACAAAUGACUUGAUCAAUACUAUAAGGGAAAUGUACUGGUGCCCAGAUUUAAAAGAUAUUUGUAAAGCUGUGGUCAAUACUUGUAAUGUUUGUUUUACCAACACCAGUCAUCAAACUCCAAGGAUUCCUCCUGGAGCGAUUCCAAGGCCUGCUGGCCCCUUCAGAGAAUGGCAUAUCGAUUUCACGGACAUGGUAACUCCUUGCAAAGGAUACAGGUCGGAGAUCUAGUCUACAAGAGAAAUUUUACUCGUAGCCGUUGGGACCAACCUAUAUAUUCCGGUCCUUUUAAAAUACAACAGCUCUCCCCCACUGCCGUAUUACUUGAAAACCACGGGACAUGGAUUCAUCUUCGAGACUGCUUGCCUUGUCCUUCUGUGUUUCCUACUUCCUCUCCACCCCCAUAACAGCAUUAUGGGCUGACAAUGAACUUUUAAAACUGCACAGUACUGCUGCCAUGAUUGAAAAUAAGACUAACUGUUGGGUUUGCUCACAUAUUCCUACUCACAGCCUCGGUACCCCUAUCCUUGGGGUCCCCUUUACAUGGACUGAUUUUGAAGACAGAUAUGUGAUGGACUUUUCAACUCUUGAUCCAGAAUUGUCUAAAUAUAGGGAAAUUUCUGGUAAAGGUGAUGAAAUAAUGAAAGCACCCCCAGCUCUUAUUUUGGCAGGAAUAGUACGUCAUCCUUCAGUAUGUUUCACUGUUUUUAGUAGGAAAACACGGGUGACCAUUAAUGGUAAACAAAUAAGGAUUCCUAAAAUCCUUAUAGGAGAAACUACAUGUAACUCAACCGAUUUAAAUAUUACUCAGGUCCCCACACAUUAUGAAGCAGCCACCACAUAUGCACAUUGUGUUGAUGAAACAAAAGUAUCUUCUACUAUUGAGCCCUGCCUUUCUUGGGCCAAUAAGAGUUUAGAAUGGGAUUUAGAUUAUAUAGAUGGUCCUGCUCACUAUAACAUAAAAUUUUUAACGCUUCAGAUAAGAAAUCAGGGUUUUCACCGCCCCAUGGUGCUUCCUUCAGGGACUUAUUACAUCUGUGGUAAGAAAGCCUAUGCAUGGUUGCCCAUGGGAGCCAAAGGUAGAUGUACUAUAGGAAAUGUAGUCCCAGCUGUUAGAACUAGAACAGAAUUAUCUGCUACCUCACUUAUUGACACACACUCAUCCGCAGUUUUAAACCUUAAGAUACAGAAAAGGGAACUCUUUAAUGUUAAAGAUAAGGCUUGGGCUUUCUUCCCUGCCUGGACAGGUUGGGAAUAGAAAUGAUGGUUCGCCUUAAUGAAUAUGCUUCCCUUCUUGACCGCAUGAUUAACAACACUGUAAUAUCGGUCCUUGCAAUUAAUAUAGAACUAGCUCAGAUUCGUAAAGUAGCCCUUCAGAAUAGAAUGGCCCUAGAUUAUUUGUUAGCAGAACAAGGUGGAGUCUGUGUUUUAGUAGGAGAAGAAUGUUGUACCUACAUUAAUGACUCUGAAUCGCUGGUUGAAUCUCAUAUGGCCAAGGUUUUCGAAUUGCAAAAACAAGCCAGGGAUAUUUCUAAAAAUGGUUUUAAUCCCUUUACAUGGUUAGGUAAUAUUGGUGGAUGGUUAAAUGAUUUCCUUGGAAGUUUCUUUAAACCCAUCCUAGUUAUUUUAGCUUUGGCCCUUGGCCUGUAUCUUGUUGUUAAAGUAAUGAUAUGUGCCAUAAGCCGCUGUACCUCCUCCCCAGCUUCUGCUCUACUUUGAUUUACAUUUAUAAGAUAUAACUUUUCUCAGCCUUAUAGGGGAGGUUUGACCAAAAA